CAAACACGAAAAAUAAGCAGCCCCAUUUACCAUACUUCAUCAUUCAUUCAGCCUACAACAUUUUCGGGCCAAAAAUGAAGGGGGAGGCUCGCCAACAUGGUACGGUUAGGACCUAUCGGAUCCUACCCGAGACCCGAGUCGUUCAAAGACUAGACUCGCCCUCGACUGCUGGAUUAUUUUCCAAUCUGCCAUCCAAGCCCGGCAACCACUCCAAGUUUACAGUAAAAUGUGGUAGGCCGCAAUGUCUUGAGUGUCACUUGAAUCCGGUUAGUAAGUCCAAGGACAAGACCAAGGGUACUCAAAAGCUUAGGACAAGCACUAUGGUCGUCAACCCUAGGUUGAUUACUUGGCGGGUCGUGGACAGGCGACCCGGUUUGAAUUUUUCCGGGUUUUCUGCGACGGGGAUUUUGGAACAUUUGUUUGGCGGUAAUGAAGAUGAUGAGAUCGAUGAUCAUCUAAAUUAUGAUGAUGAUGACUAUGAUGAUGGCGGUCCGUAUGGUCUCGAUGAUGACGAUGAUGAUUUUUUGGCGAAUUUUUGGUCUUUACAUGAGAAAGAAGACGGGAGAGGAGUUGAGAUCGAAGAAUAUGUUGAUGAUACUCACAAAAUUGACAAUAAUUAUGAGUAUGACGAUGAUGAUGCUAUGAGUUUUUGUGAAGUAGGGUUCAUGUUGGACCAAAGCGAGGAAGACGAAGGUUGGUGUUUGCUGAGAGAACUGUAAUUGUAAAUUUUUUUUCAUUGAAGAAAGAGAUUCCAUUAAUGGAACUUUCUUCCUCCAUGAAAGCAAGAAUAUGGGUAUGACCAUAAGAUGUUGACGAAGAA